GAAGGACACGACUGACUGGUCAGAAUCAUCUAACGGAUCUUUGCAAAUGGAUGCUCUCUCCUUGGAGUCUGCAAGCAAGGAAGCUUAUUUCAGCAGAGUAGAAACAUUCACCCCGUUGAAGUGGGCAGGCAAACCCCACGAGCUGUCUCCCCUGGUUUGUGCCAAGUACGGCUGGACCAAUGUGGAGUGUGACCUGCUGAAGUGCUCCAGCUGCCAGGCUUUCCUCUGCAUGAGCCUGCAGCUCGCGUUCGACUUCAACAAAUAUAUGGAGCGCUGCGUGGAGCUGAAGAAGGCUUUGUGCACCGCUCACGAGAAAUUCUGCUUCUGGCCGGACAACCCCUGCCCAGAUCGCUUUGCCAUGUUGCUGGUGGAUGAGCCCAGAGCCCUUCUCCAGGAUUUCCUGGAGCGUUUUCAGAGCCUGUGUCAGCUGGAGCUGCAGCUGCCCUCCCUCAGGCCGGAGGAUAUGAAAAACAUG